AUGGCCGAUGACCCUCAUGUUCUUGCUUUCCUUGCUAGAGUCCACCAAGGACGUCGGGAUAGAGUAGAGGACCAUCUUCAUGAACAUUUCAUCAGAGAACGCAAUUUACAUCAGAGACCGCAAUUUCCACCACUUCAGCUUGUUCCAGUCCAAGCUGAACACGAGUACGAGCAUCCGUUUCCGCUGGUUGACGUGUUCAAGUUUAGCUUGCAAGGCGACUCCGUGAAAACAGCAUCAUCUUCAUGGCAAGGACUUCAAUGGAAAGUCAAAUGCAGCAUCUACAACUUGCCUGGGGAACUUCUCGCAACGCGAGUCUCGGUUGACUUUUUCAACUUGAUGGACCGGGUAUUCAAGGCCACGGUCAAAUAUGAAAUGAAUGAAAAAUUUGCGGCGGCGAACGAGUUUGCGGAGGUGGUCAUUGACUCAAAUCACAGCACCAUCGUGUUUCCGGAAACGGGCGCUUUUGCUCCCGGAAGGCUGGUAGAUGGAAUGCUUCCCACUGAAAUUGCCGUUAAGAUCAAGUUGGAGCACGCUGAGAUUGUGGACCAAUUCUCCUACAAUAACCAGUCUUGGGUGAUGGGGACAAGAUGGGUCCGUUAUGGAGAUGAAUGUUCAGUCAGAAUGAAUUUUGAUGUACUUAAAAAUCUCAACCCGUGUCAUGAUAAAUUCUUCGACGACCUCCGUGAACAAGUUUUGAGUCCCAAGGAGGCGAGAGCGUUUUUUGACUUCGCCAGUGCCAUCUUCAAUCGGUCAUUCAUGGGACUGGAUCUCUUCCACGAAUCGGUGCGCAAUGGUCUCAAAUUUGGCUUUACAACCAACUGGGACUCUCUGAACACAGUAGAUUCGGAGUUUGACUUCAACUCUCGGACUGCCUUUCCCGGAUAUCAGAAUGUGCUUUACGAGCAACCGUCUGAACUGACGUCUAUCAGUAAUAGAGAAACAGCUGGAAUGUGCCAAAUUUUCAAGCUGAAUCUCGAUCCAUCCGAUGUUACUACUCGAUUCCAAGUCGCUAGUAUGAAUAACGUGAAAUCGCAUACUUCGCAAUUCACUUUUUAUCUGGAAAACAGUCCAAAUGGUUAUCUUCUCAUUGCUGGUGGAUGUUUCCAAAUGGAGAGCAGACAACUAGUCAAUCUGAAGCUUACACUUUUUGACAGUGGAGUUAGUUGCAGAAAUAUUCAAACAUUCCGCAUUCUGCACAAGGAGCAGUCAACAAUUAAGGUUGUUAUCGCACUUCUCGAUGAUGACAAGAUGGAAAAGAUGUCGCGAGGAAAAUUGCUCCUCAACUUCCAAAUGCAUAUGAAUGGUACUAUUUCAAAUGUUGUACGCAAUUUUGAAGAUCAAACCAAGAGAAUCGGUGAUUUUGCCAUGCCUGGUCUAGUCACAGGUUAUAUAAAUUGUCGUGAUAAGAAAAGGAUCGGCGUAUGCAAGGAGCAUCUAGCUAACAAUAGUGAACACUUGAACAUGCUCUUUUUCAACACAGUCUUUGAAGAUUGCGGGAAAAACGAAAUUACCGUCAACGAGGAUUCUGAUAUUGUUCUUGAUGCUCUUGAUAUCAUUUAUCAUCGCUCCCUCGCAAUCUUCCCAGCUCAGAUCAAUCGCGUUCUGGAUUUGGCAGGAUACUGGCUUUCAGCCACAAUGCAUCGUUUCAUGGAGAUUGCCAUUCUGCAUUCUACCCAUAUCUCCGAUAGUGCAAAGCUCGAGUUAGCCGCUGAGCAUCAUUUUGAUAUCAUUAAGUACGUUGCCCGUCAUCCGCGCUAUGCCUCUACUUACCAUCUCUCGCUAACGGAUGAGGAAAUCAUGCAAGUUCGUAUCCCAGCCGACAACGAGGUUGAUGGAGGGACUGGUGGUAGACCACGACGCGUCGAAGAUUUAAUGGAUUUGGAGGAGCAGCAGGAAUAGUUAGACUCGUAUCACCUUCACCCAGAAACAAUACCAUGAUUAUUAUUUUGCCAUACUUUUAUAUUGGCAUUUGUUUUAUUUAUUUCUAAUGUAAAAUCAAUUGCAUAUUAUCCAUUUCAUAUUUUUGGAGUUAAUCAAAUACGUUUAAAUUUAUCAUACAUGCCGGUUUCUAAACAUUGCUACAUACCCAUUCCUAAGAAAAUCUUGUCAGCUUUAUCCCCAAACUCGUCAUCAAUUUUUAUAUUAUUUUAUUUAAAUCAUCUCUUUAUAUGAAGUAGUACACCCGAA